GCCCCGCCUUUCCCCGCCUCUCCCAAAUAAAACCCUCAAAAUUUGGUAAGCCGACACCGCGUUGGAUUGACGCUCACAAAACACACAUAAAAAAAAAAAAGGAAAAUCCACAGAGCUCCUACGUUAGAACACUCACCCGAAUCUUCCCUGCCGUUGCCUUCAUCCUUACCUGUUUGUUUUUGUUGUUGUAUUUUGAUAAUAACCAAAUGAGGAAAGGAGCAAAGAGAAAAGCCGCCUCUCAGAAACAAGAGGAUACGCAAGUAACAGCUUCGCAACAGAAUCGGGAGGAGAACCAUAAACCUUCUCCCAAAGCUAAGCGUGCUAAGAUCUCCAAGCCUCAACCCGAGCCUGAGUACUUUGAAGAUACGCGUAACUUGGAGGAUUUAUGGAAGGCUGCAUUUCCUGUUGGAACAGAGUGGGAUCAAUUGGACACUGUUUACCAAUACAAUUGGAACUUUUCAAAUCUAGAAGAUGCAUUUGAAGAGGGGGGAAAGCUAUAUGGAAAGAAGGCUUAUCUCUUUGGUUGCACAGAGCCUCAAUUGGUCCCUUACAAGGGAGAAAACAAAGUCAUUUGUAUACCCGUGGUUGUGGCUGUUGUCUCUCCUUUCCCACCGUCAGAUAAGAUUGGGAUUAACUCAGUGCAGAGAGAAGCUGAGGAGAUUGUUCCUAUGAAACAAAUGAAAAUGGAUUGGGUUCCAUAUAUUCCACUUGAGAAUAGAGCCAGCCAAGUAGAUAGACUGGAAUCUCAGAUAUUCAUCUUAAGUUGCACUCAAAGAAGGGUUGCUUUGAAACAAAUGAAAAUAGAUCGUCUCAAGAAAUACGAGUAUUGUUUGCCAUAUUUCUAUCAGCCUUUGAAGGAAGAUGAGCUUGAACAAAGCACUGAGGUUCAAAUAAUUUUUCCAGCAGAACCAAAGCCGGUAUUUUGUGAAUUUGAUUGGGAGUUGGAUGAACUUGAUGAGUUUACUGAUAAAUUGAUUGAGGAAGACGAAUUAGAUAAAGAUCAAAAGGAUGCCUUUAAGGAGUUUGUUAAAGAGAAAGUUAGAGAAGCAAAGAAAGCUAAUCGGCAGGCAAGAGAAGCCCGCAAAAAGGCCCUUGAAGAAAUGAGUGAGGAAACUAGAGCAGCAUUUGAGAACAUGAGAUUUUACAAGUUCUACCCAGUUCAUACUCCGGAUGCUCCCGAUGUAUCAAAUGUGAAGUCUCCUUUCAUAAACAGGUAUUAUGGGAAGGCUCAUGAGGUUCUUUAAUGGACGUCUCAUUUGGGAUCUAGUGUAAGUUGUUGAGAGACGCUCUAAAGAACAUGUUGGCUUGCGAGAGCAUCAUCUGUUGCAUUUUUCUGUUACUCGGAAAAGCUUUGGGAGCAUUCAUUCAGUGCCCCAUGAAAGGCCGGUAUCUUAGGAGGAAAAAAUUAAACUUGUAGCUUUAUUACUCUUUAGAUAAUUAAGCAGAUGCUCAUCUUGUGACAAUAGGAGGAAUUUGUAGAAUACUCUGUUGAGGCAUUUUCAGAAGGUUUUGAAAGAUUUCUUAAAGCUCAAGGUGCUUAAAGUCCAGAUACAGCUUGAGCAUGUCUUUGUUUUAUCCGCCAGAGCCGUUUUUUGUUCGAACUUAAUUGUACUAUGAACAAAGUCAAUGUGAAAAACUAGCAGACUGCUGUGUAUUUCUAUUUU